CAGAAGUCGGGAAUGUCCUGGAAUCAUUCUAGGUCAUUCCAGGACCUUCUGCUUUUCCGUUCCGAAGCUGCGACGGGGUGUGGUCUGGACCGUGAAGCGGUCGGCUUACUGUUCGGCCGGUUCACAUUUUCCAGUUCGGUCCGUCGUCGGGCGUUGAUAGGAAGGAUCUGUGAAACAGUGAGAGUUCUGAAAAUGGAGGACCGCUUAGCGAGGAUCCUCUUUCAAUCACAGAGUAGUCAAUGAGACAUCCGUGGAUGUGGAAGCUGAAUUUCUUGAUCAUUAAUAUAUAAGGUGCUUCUACAUGGUAUGGUAGCGACCUAGUCAACAUUUUACUAUCCCACAUCGGUUGGAGAGGGAAACAAAACAUUUCUUACAAGGGUGGUCCUCUCCCGCUCUCUCCCUACCGGUCGAGCAGCUUCACUCCUUUCCAAUCCCAUUUUUUGAUCAACAGGAGUAUGCCAAAGCCGGGUUGCUGCACGUUUGCUCGAGAGAUGAAUCCCAAAUACCAUUUUUAGGAAUCACGACGCUUCGCAAUCACACAAGCCAUGCCGUUUUCCAUUUCCUGCGGGAUUCUCGCUGCGGAAAACCGGAAGAUGACCUCCGACGGCGCCACUUCUGCCACCAUUAGCCGGCGGAAGCCGUCCUGGAGGGAGCGGGAGAAUAAUCGGACCAGAGAACGACGAAGGAGAGCCAUCGCGGCUAAGAUCUACGCUGGCCUUAGGGCUCAAGGCAACUUCAAUUUGCCUAAACAUUGUGACAAUAACGAGGUCCUUAAAGCCCUCUGUGCUGAUGCUGGUUGGACCGUCGAAGACGACGGAACCACCUAUCGGAAGGGAUGCAGGCCGCCCCCAAUCGAUAUCGUCGGCAGUUCCACCAGAGCCACCCCCUACACAUCUCAAAAUCCAAGCCCAUUGUCUUCUUCAUUUCCUAGUCCAAUGGCAUCCUAUCAAGUCAGUCCCUCCUCCUCCUCCUUCCCGAGCCCGUCCCGUUUGGACGCCAACCAUCCAUCAAACCUCAUUCCAUAUCUUCGCCAAGCGAUUCCCAAAUCACUUCCUGGUCUUAGAAUCUCAAACAGUGCUCCCGUGACGCCUCCUCUUUCAUCCCCUGCCUCAAAUUGGGAGGUCACGGCUAAAGAAUCCUUGUCCUUGUUGAAUUACCCUUUCUUUGCAGUAUCCGCCCCAGCUAGCCCGACACGCCCUCAGCUGCUGCAUACUCCCGCCACGAUCCACGAAUGCGAUGAGUCUGAAUCAUCCACCAAUGACUCCAAUCAGUGGGCACUUCUCCGUGCCUGUGCACCAACUUCUCCCACCUUCAACCUUAUGAAAUCUGCUGAUCAGCAUGCUCUGCACGGUGGUUUCAUCAAAGAAAAUGGAAGAGGAAACGAAUUUGAGUUCUUGGGCUGUAAGGUUAAGCCCUGGGAAGGGGAGAAGAUCCAUGAAGUUGGAUUGGAGGAUUUAGAGCUCACACUUGGUAGCGGUAAGGCUCAAAAUGAUAACAACAGUAAGAAACCUUGUUUUGAUUGAUUCAUAAUCUAUCUGGGAAUUUUGAUAUAUGUCAUAUUAAAAACACUGAAAUGAAGAACACAUAUUGCUCUGUUUUUCCUCGUUCAAACUCUGUUUCAAUUCAGUUCAACCAUUUGCUUGAA